AUGGAGGAGAAGGUUUUGGCUAUGAAAAACAGGAUAAUGAAAAAUCCGCUGCUGAACAGGGAAAACUUGAAUCCUAAAGGAUGGAUAAACUCAGAGCAUGUUAAAGAUUUCACGGAUUUCGUUCUCCAGAAAGAGCCAGAAGCAGACUCUGAUUUUGAUAACGUCGAGAUGUUGCUAGAUACCGAAAAACAGUACAUCGAAGCAACAAAAAGGAACGAUGUGGAAACCAUGAAGCUUUUAGGACGGGCCGUGAACGUUAAUGCCAAGAAUGUGCACAACCGAACUGCACUUCACUAUGCUGUAGCCUGCAAAAACGUAGCAGCUGCUGAUCACCUUCUUAAAAGAAGAGCAAAACUCGACUUACAGGACAAGCAUGGAGUCGGUGCUAUUCACCUCGCUGCAUGGUUCGGCAGUUUGGAAAUCCUGAAGCUACUUGUACAGGGUGGUGCUGAUCAGAGGGCAGAGAACAUGGAAGGGAUGAACAUGAUGCACUGCGCUGCUGUGAACGAUCACACUGACAUAGUGGCGUACAUCGUUGAUGACCUUCAAAUGAGAGAGCUUGACAAAGAAGACAAUCGUGGAAACAGACCGUUCGCUGUGGCGGCGGAGCAUGGCUGUGUGCGGAUGUUGCAGAUGCUGAUGGAGGAGCCUUACAAAAUGGCCACCAUGGAGGAAAAUCUGAAAGGAGACACACCUUUGCAUCUUGCUGCUAGGAAUGGCCAUCACGGGGCUGUGCAGCUGUUGCUUGAUUACUUCGAGGUCCGCAAUGAAGUCAAUCAUGCUGGAGAAACACCGCUGUAUUUAGCGGCUGAUGGAGCUCAUGAGGAAUGUGUUUUGGCUCUGCUGGAAGCUGAUUGUGACCCGAAUAUUCCCACUACAAACAGUAUAAGCCCUCUCCAUACAGUCUGUGAAAAGGGCUACACGCCAGUGGUGAAGCUCCUUGUUGAUCAUGGAGCUCAGAUGAAUUUUCAAAACCAACAAUUACAGACGCCAUUUCACUUAGCAGUGAAGAACUGUCACACUACAGUGAUCGAAUCUCUGCUGGAAUCUCGCUGUGACCCCGAUAUCACAGAUCACCUGGGCCAGACAGCACUCCAUAUAGCAGCAGAAUUGGGCAAGGUGGAUGUAAUGGAGAUUAUUCUGAAAGCUGGUGUGAAUAUGGCUAUUAAAGACAGGCAAGGUAAAACACCCUUGGGAGUGGCAGCCAGAGCCGAUAUAGUGAUCAUAGUAGACAUGAUCAUCAAAGCUGAAAGAUACUUCAGUUGGAUAAAGUCCAAUGCAGAAACUAAUGAGGACCUCCAUGAUGAGUUUUCUCUAACAUUUAAACCGGACCACCAUGCUGAGACAAAACAGGUGCGCAAUACACUGUGGAAUCUGGCCUACCAGCUUCUCGGCAAGAACGAGUGGAAGAAGCUGGCAGAGCAUUUGGCCUUUACUGAGGAGCAGAUUGCUGCCAUUGAGGAGCAGUGGACAGGUCAUAACAGUCACCAGGAGCAUGGAAACAGAAUGCUACUCAUUUGGCUUCAUGGAGUUUUAGUUGCUCAAAAAAAUCCAGCCAAGGAGCUAUACCAAGGACUAACCGCUAUUGGCAAUAUCAAAGUGGCAGAAAAACUACGGAUGGAAGGAGAGGACAACAGUAAACGGAAAUGUAAAAUUUCAUGAAGGCCUGGUAACUUAAUGUAUAAAAAGGACUUUAUUUUACUCAAAGUCUCAGGAAGCAACAGCAAUGUUCAGUUUUACUUCAUGCACAUGAGUCUUGUUUUGUUAAACAUACCUAUUGCUUCAACCAGAUUUACAUUCAAUUUACUAACAUAUCCUUACAGAAUUGUGCAGAUAUUUGGUUAAUUUAACUGAACUUCCCUGAAGAUGAGGCUGAUAAAAAUCCCAUCAUACAGUACUUCUGCCCCCCCCCC